GUUGAACGUUAUGCUGCAGCACUGCUAGCGAGCUAGCGUUAGCUGCAGUAGACUAGCUAGCUGGCUAGUAUUGUUGAAGGUAAAAUAUGGGUGAAGUUACUUUACAAGUUAACUGGUAUAUCUUGCAAGGCUUCUGCUAUAAUCUUAUCCAACAAGUGUAUGCAAGUUACUAUUUGAAUGAAACUGCCCCAGUUAAAGUGAAAGUUUGAUUACGGUCACCAUCACCAAAGGGCCUAGCCACCUGCUUGUAUUUCAUCUCACAUCACAGUCCUGGUCCGUGUCUGUACUCUGGAGUUUAAAAGGACUGUUCACAAUGAAAAGUAUCAGACUCUCCCCCAGGUUGUGGGCCCAUAAGCAUGUCCACAGAUGACAGUAUCUCUGAGGAUGUGUCCAGCCUGGGGGCCCUGAGCCACUGCCAUGCCGGGGAAGGGGGCAAGGAAAGCGAGUCUUCAGAGGGAACCUCAGCAGCCUCUGGCCUGGGGCUGGGACUUGGACUUGGGUUGGGGCUGUCUGGGACAGAGGAACCCAACGCCAACUCCAAGACUGAAGUGGGAACCGUAGAUGGGAGAGCUGAAGACGUCACACCAGCAUGCAGCCUCCCCCACAAGAUCAGGAGCCUGUGUCUGAGUACGGAGGAGGCCUUUGGGCCUGGCAAGAGUCUCCCCUUCAUCAACCCCUCCUCCCUGGAGACCCUCAGAGCUCUGGUCCAAGAGAUCCAGAGUAGUGGGGAGACUGACCCGGAGAUGUGGAAGGACUGUGAGGGUCGAUGGCUGCAUCUGUUCCAGCUAGUAGAGAAACAGUACCAAGAGCAGAUCCUGGCUCAGCAAGAACAGUACCAGUGCCAAAUACAGCUGAUUCAGGAUGAGAUCAAAGCCUUGGUUCAGCUCCAGAACCGCCAGACCAGCACACAGACCCACAACAAUUACCCAUAUACUGCUACCACCAAUACACAGACACAUCACGAUUACCAAUCUACGCUGUUUACUGUCACACAGACACACCCAGACUACUCCUCUUCCCCUGCUGUUGCCACCAUCCACCCCUCACCCUCCACGGACCUUCCCAAUGGGAACCCGCCUCUCUCUGCUCCCCCCACCUCCCUCUCUGUCCCACAACCCUUUCUGAGCUCCACCUUCCCUCUACCCCCAUCCCCUCGGCCAGGGCUGGUCACCCCAAGAGAGAGGUGGGCUGAGGGGGCAGGGACGGUGCUGAGCAGUGGGUAUGGGACCCUGUCAGCCUGGGGGUCAGGGCUCGAGGCGACAAAGACUCCGGGGGGAGUAGAGGAGCGAGGCCGGGGGAAAGAGGAGUGUGGUUGGUCCCUUCACCUCCAGGACUACACAGAGACCAUUCUGAUUGGCCAGGAGGGUCAGAAGAGGAGUGCCUCGGCCAAUGAGGUGGCUCCUAGAGACAAUCCUAGUCCACCUGAGCAGCAGAGAACCUCCAGCCAAUCGCUGACCUCCUGGGCUCAAAGACAGAGACGCAGCAAACCCAAAAAGAGCACAGCGGGGCAGGCCCAACCUCCCCUGGCUUCCCCCCCACCCCUCCAGGCCCCAUUCCCGGGCCAGAGCGGCCCUCAGACCUCUUCCUCCCAUGAUCAGCAGCCCAGCCCCAGGCAGAGCCCUAGAGACAGCCCCCUGGAGAACACUGACCUCCAGGACAAGCAUGGGUCGGCUGCUACCUUCACCAACUCCUUCCCUCUGAGGAGAAGUGACAGCCUCAUGUCUGAGGCCUCAGGUCUGACGUACUGGCGCCUGGAUGAGAGUGAGCUCUACCGCCCUCUACCUGACAGCUUCGACAGUGGAGCCUACCUGCUGCUGCAGGAGGCCUCUAUCAGUCUGACCUCUCCAGAGGACCAGAAGCGGUCUCUCAGAGAGAUCUACCACAGCAAGCAGAGAACUACUGAGUCUAAACACACUGACUGGGACCGCUCUCUCACCUGCAGCCCCACGUCACCACAGGUGUUAACUCUCGAUCCCACUAUUCAGCUCCGUCAAUCAGAUCGAACCUCCGGCUUCACCUCGCCCUCCCACUUCAGCAGCCCCUCCUACCCCACCCAGCCGCAGCUCUACCCCCGCGUUGACACCCCUGUCAGCCCAGACAGCAUGGCUGAGGGCAGUGCCAACCCCGGGGACACAGACUGCGCCUCCAACGCCUCCAGCCUCUCCGCCGUUGCACCUACCCUAGCCAGAGUGGCCUCUCCUCGGAUAAAACCAGCCCCGUCGCCCCCCUCUACCUCCAAGCCCUUGAUGCUCCCCAGCAGCCAGCAACGCAAGGCCUUAGUCACUCAGGCCAGCGAGGAGGAGGGGAGUCACACACACACCAGCACCCUGAAGCAACUGGCUGUGUCUGGGAGGCAGACGCACUCUCACACACACUCCCGGAGCGGCCCUCGUAUGGAGAAAGCGGCGUCACUGGAAGACCCUGUGAUCGUCUCUCUGCUGAGAGAGAAGCUGAGGGAGAAACACACUCGUCAUGUAGCUGAUCUGAAGGCUUACUACGAGGCAGAGAUCAAAGUCCUCCGGGACAAACUGGACCUGAGAGACUUGCCUCACGACCUGGAGCAGAGCAACCACACACUCAGACAGAGGUGUGCUCAGCUAGAGCGAGCUCUAUCUGAAGCAAGCAGCCGUAUCCAGGGGCUGGAGAACAAGAACACCAUCCUAGAGAAACAACUGGCUGACUGGCCAGAGCGCUACGACACAGCCUGCUCCACGGCAACGUCCCUGCAGCAGCGAUUGGACGAAAGCAGGCAGUCAGGCAGGGAGAAGGACUCCUCGGCCGGCCGCCUCAGAACCCGGGUCCGGCAGCUAGAGGAGGCUUUGGAGAACGCCUGCAGAGAAACGCAAGAUAAGGAGGCCAGGAGGGAGAGGGAGUACAAGAUGCUGCAGGACCUUCUGGGAGAGUAUGACUCUCUGAAGAAAGACCACGGGGGGGUUAAGGACAACCUGGUGUCUACAGAGAACAAGCUGUUUGAUGCCAACGAGCAGGUUUCUGAACUAAAAAGGGUGGUCUGUAAGCUGGAGAGCCAGGUGAAUCAGCUGGAGCAUGAGAACCAGGUCAGGAGUCGCCAGGCUGUCCACAACCACACACAGCCUUCUGGAGCUGGUCUGUACCACCAUCCGGACCUGUUGCUUUCGCCCAGCAAACACCCGUGGCAACCAGAAUCCACCGAUAGAAUUUCUCCUUGCCCUCAAACCGACCAAUCACACAGCACCAGGAAGACUCCCAGUCCUCAAACUGACCAAUCACAGAGUUACAGGAUGUCCCCUUGCCCUCAAACUGACCAAUCAGGCAGCUCGGGCCACUUUACAGACCACACUGGCAGCAGGAGGUGUUUGUCCCCUCCAGAGCGUGAGCAGGAAAGGGGUGAGGUUGUGAAGGAGACUCGGGGGCCUCUGACCCCACUGAUGAGGGCCCUGAUAGAGCUGGAUGAGACCAGAACCACUGAGGACCGGGCCCCCUGUAAGACCAGCCACUGUACCUCUGACUCACUCUCACUGGCCUCCAGGCUGGGCAGCCGGAGGCCCACUGUUGGCUUCGUAGAGAGAAACCACAGAGAACCACCAACUCAGGACAGGGGCGGGACUGGACAGGAGAGUGGUGCGUCCGGAUCUGAAAGAGGCAUGGUCUGUCUGAAUGGAGGCAGGGAUGGACCUCCCCAGGGUGUGGCUUCUCCUGGAAGGGCUGCGCCUGGGACAUUCAGGGGAGUGUGUCUGCUGAGAGCCCAGAGAAGUCUGUCUCCAGAAGGCCACAGGUCCUCCUCUCUGCCCCCCCGUGCCCAGAGGACCACAUUCCCCCCUACCACACCCACUAAGAGAGAGACCCUGAUGACGCCUCAGUCGGCUAAAUCCAGCCCCAAACGCUGUCCUACAGAGAACUACUCCACCGCCUUUGGCAACCCACCACCACGACAACAGCAGCUACACAACAGGUUUGACGUGGCACCAGACCAGAGACACCACUCCUUCCACAACUCCAGCCCCAGGAAGAGACUGUUUUCAGAAGCCACCCAGCGGUCAUCUGGUGGUUCAGUUGAGUCAUCGGGCAGUGUUGAGCCCCAGGAGGGGGUGUGUGGGCUGGGCUGGGAGGAGCAGGGGGCUGGGGGGUUAGGCUCAGACCUCCAGGACCCCGGGACAGACCUCCACUCCCUGGCCGACGCUGAGAGGCUGUUUGACGAGCUCACUAUGGAGAAACAACAGAUUGAGUCAGCGUUGAGCCGGAUGCCUGGAUCUGGUGGGAGGGUGAGCCUGCAGACCAGGUUAGAUGAGGUGGCCUUAGAGAAGCGUCUAGAGAGCGUAAACCGUGACCUGGGUUCCAUCCGCAUGACCCUGAAGAGGUUCCACGUUCUACGCUCCUCUGCCAACAUAUAGCAAUGUUUUUAUUAGAUGACGCCCAUAGGUAGGGUCUAGGGCUUUUCCUGGUCAGACCGCAUGGUCAGGAAAAACUCCUGUUCCUAGUUAUAGAUGAAUAAAUAUCACCGUUUUCUGUGAUGUCGUUGGAUAAAGAACCCUGAUUGUUCUCUCUUAACUCGCAGGUUGGCAUUUUAUUGAGAUGACUCAAGCAGCUCUGCAGUGGUCACACUAGCUGGCACAGUCACAAUGUCAUAAAAUCUGAUUUAAAACUUAACCAUACUGCUCACCCUAAUGCCUAACGUUAAAGGGACAUUUCAACAUUUUUCAACUUCGUAUUCAUCGUCUGCACUACCCCCAACAUCAACAUAUAUGAAAUGUAUGCGUUUCUAUGUUUUGUAGUAAAAAAUAUAGAGGAAGAUAAGUGUUUCCGAUGACGACAUCGGUGUGCAUCGUGGGACUUUAACCAAUUGUGAGUAGGCGUUGCCUACCAAUUGUCUACUAAUUGGUUGAUGAUGUCAUUGGAAACACAUCUUCCUCUAGGUUUUUUAAUACAAAACAUAUAAAUGUGCCAUUUUCACAUAUGUUGAUGUUGAGGUGGUGCUGGAGAUGAUGAUUAUAAAGUUGAACAUUUUUUUUAAAUGAAGACCAAAAAGCACAUUUUUGUUUUCAUACAUUUUUAUUAUUUUGCCAAAUUUGACUUUGCAGCUGGCCCAUCUAGCGGAAACCGUUCAGUUCUGCCUCCGGGGCAAAACUCAUGACAAUAAAGGUCAACCUGCUCUUAACUCUGUAUCACAGAUCACUUGUACAUGACCCACAGUCUUUUUUACACACAAAACUCUGGGAUAUUUUUCUAUAUGUUUGGAAGAGCUCACAACUUUGAGGAGUAUAUUUUUAGAAAUGCACAGAUUUGUAAAGUCGUUUAAUUUUUUAGACGUUAUAAAGAGAUAAUAUAUGCUUUACUUUCCAUAUUCAGGUAAAUUAUGUCGAUUUUUAUUUUUAUCAGCCAUCUAUGGAUCAAUAUGAACGGCAGAACAUCCUAAUAUCCAGUAGAGACAUUUAACCCAUCUGGAAUGGUCCACUGCCAUCUCCGUCUAGGUAUACAUUUUUAUGCAUCGUUUUGAUAUGUUUUUAUUCCUUGUACACUGCAUAAAAUUGUAUUUAUUACAUUUAAUUGUGUUCAUUACUAUGUUUAUUCCUGGUGCAUUAAAAAUAUAAUAAUCUUGAUAGCCUAAAACGUUCAAUAAAAAAAGUUUGCCCAAGCCA